AACAUUUCUAGCCUUCUAGGCAACCCCACGAAACUUCGUUCCAUCUGUGCGAGAUCUGCCGUGCUUCUCCUCUUGCUCCCCGUACCGACUCCCGAUUCUUUUCUCUGAUUCCUCGGCGAUGGUCGUCUGCAAAUGCCGCAAGGCAACGAGGGUUUAUUGCUUCGUCCACCAGGUUCCGGUCUGCGGCGAGUGUAUCUGCUCCCCAGAGCAUCAAUUAUGCGUGGUAAAAAACUAUGCUGAAUGGGUUGUUAAUUCUGAUUAUGACUGGCCACAACACUGCUCUUUGUGUAAUUUGGUUCUAGAAGCUGCAAGUGAAGAAACUACACGAUUGGGUUGCCUCCAUGUGAUGCACACAAAAUGCUUGAUAUCACAUGUCCAAAGUUUUCCGGCACAAACAGCACCAGCAGGAUUUGUCUGCCCCUCAUGUUCGAUUCCUAUAUGGCCUCCUUCGAGUAUUAAAGAUACAGGCUCCCGCCUCCAUGCUAAACUGAAGGAAGUAGUUGCCCAGACUGGUCUGGAGAAGAAUGUAUUUGGGAAUCAUUUUGUGACAAUGCCUAAAGCUGAUGCCCGCACACCCCCUGCAUUUGCUUCAGACCCCCUUAAGCGUCUAUCGUAUUCUGGUGAAUCUACUGCUGCAAACACACUUAACUCUUCAAAAGAUGCAACUUUAUCAUCAGCGGUACUCUCCCAGGGGGAUACAUAUUCAGCUGGGAUGUACUCUUCUGGGAUUCUUAGUCAUGUGGAACCAGAAAUAGUUGAAAUAGAUGGUCCUAGUACCAUAGCAACAAAGUUCCCAGAGCAGGAGCCCAAUUUCAUCAGAAGUCCAAGCCCGCACGGGCCUAGUGCUACGACAAGAAAAGGUGCUAACUAUGUCGAGAGACAAAAUUCAGAGAUGUCUUAUUAUGCUGAUGAUGAAGAUGCAAACCGCAAAAAAUAUACUAAAAGGGGUACAUACCGUCACAAAUUUUUAAGGAUGCUGCUACCUUUUUGGUCCAGUGCACUGCCAACAUUACCAGUUACAGCACCCCCUAAAAAGGAAAAUGAUGCUUCAGAAGGCCGGCCCAGACAUCAGAGGACAUCACGAAUGGAUCCCACAAAGAUCUUACUCGCAAUGGCAAUCAUGGCAUGUAUAGCAACGAUGGGAAUUCUCUACUACCGUUUGUCACAGCGCAGUCUUUCUGAAAACUUUGCCGAUGAUGAGGCUCAGUAGUAGAGUUGAAACUUCUUGCAGUUUGUUUCUGGUACUGCCUUGCUGCUGAUUCAAGGGUUUUACCCUGCUUGUAUUAUUCCAUUUCCCCCUUUUUGUGCCUUUCAGGGUGGUUGUGGAUGGGAAGGUGGAGGUAGUGAUUAUAGUUACAUAAGAGUUAUAGCAGACUGGUUUUAUAUGCCGAUUCAUCUGUUAUCUUAUACCAGACCGGAAAUUAUUGAAGCUGUCUACUAUUUUCUU